AUGGCGUCGCACCAAGCCGACCGCGAGGACAUGGCACCGCCAGACGAGUUCGCCGCUCGCGCCCUCCCGCCCUCUCUCGAUCUCUACACCUGGCCCAGUUGCACCCUCGACGAGCUCGCGCAUCAACUUGCCGCCGAACGCCCCACCCUUCUCCCAGACCCGGCGGUCGGAACACGACUCGCCUUUCGCCUGAUCUUCCCCGACGCGCGCAGCAUGGACAACGCCAGCCACACCGCUCCACGCUUCAUGGUGAAGGACCUCGGCAGCGUCGUCAUCGGCGAUGGCGGGCCGGGCUUGGACAUGGCUGCUGCAGACGAUGAUACGGACAUGGCAGACAGGGUCUCGCCUGUGCGGCAGCGAGGCGGGAUCAGGGAGGGCUUGCGGACGCUGGAGGGCUCAAAAUUCGUCGUCGGCGAUUAUGUCUCGUGCGCUAUUCUGCCGCCGCUACCAGAUGGUGCCGUGGCGCCGGAGCCGACCCGUCAUAUUCGCGCAGGACCCUCGGGCGGUCCUCCGACGCAUCACGGACGACGUGACCUGGGGUCGGGGCGGGGGAGAGAUUGGGGGGCGGGCGGGUUCCCUCACGGCGUCCCUCACGGCGAAUGGAGACGCGGUGAGGCCCUGCCAGACGGACCUGACCGCGGCGCCUGGGGCAGGGGGAGGCAUGCAGGCAGGGGCGGCCGCUGA